UGAAUGGUGAUGACCAAUAGUGAUGGUCGUCUGUGACCAGUAGUGUCAGCAUGCAGUAACCACUGGACACUGGUGAUUGGCCGGUGAUCGGCUCAGCCGUCCGUCACCAUCUCAGACGAGCUAUGAAGGACAAGAGUAAGAACGCGGCGCGUAGCCGGCGAGAGAAGGAGAACUCGGCGUUUGAGCAGCUGAGCCGACUGCUACCUAUCAGCUCAGCGGUCAGCAGUCAGCUGGACAAAGGCAGCACGAUUCGACAGACCAUCAGCCUGCUGCGCCUGCACAACAUGUAUCCGGCUGGGCUGGGGAGCGCCUGGGGCUCCUCUCCGUUGGACCAGGGCGACUUCAGAGAGCUCGGCUCGCUGCUAUUGCAGACGUUGGAGGGUUUUGUUUUCAUCGUGUCCUCUGAUGGCACGGUCAUUUACAUAUCGGAGACGGCAUCCGUCCACCUCGGCUUGUCACAGGUCGAGCUGACGGGGAACAGUAUCUACGACUACAUCCAUCAGGCUGAUGUGGAGGAGCUGGCCGCGGUCCUGGGUCACACUCCAGGCGCCGAUGACCCCCUCCAGAAGUUUGAGUUGGAACGAAGCUUUAUCGUGCGCAUGAAGUGCGUUUUGGCAAAACGGAACGCCGGUCUUACAAACCUCGGAUACAAGGCCAUCCACUGCAGCGGCUACCUAAAGUGCGCCCCGUCGGCCUCCGGGUGCCGCCGGGCCCAGACCCGGGGCCUGGUGGCCGUCGGACACCCUCUGCCCUCGUCCGCCGCCACAGAGGUCCGCCUGCACAGUAGCACGUUCAUGUUCCGCGCCAGCCUCGACCUGAAACUCAUCUUCCUUGAUAGCAGGGUGCUAGCUCUCACCGGCUACGAGCCCCAGGACCUGAUCGAGAAAACCCUGUACCAGUUUGUGCAUCCACAUGACGUCCACAGUGUGGUGCACGCACACAGGACACUGUUGUACAAAGGCCAGUCGCGGACCCGGUACUACCGACUGCUGACGAAGACGGGCGGCUGGGUGUGGCUCCAGAGUUACAGCACCAUCGUCCACAACAGCCGAUCGUCACGUCCUCACUGCAUCGUCACCAUCAACCACGUCCUCAGUGGCGUGGAGGAAGACGGGACCUGCUUGGACAUCCAUCAGCUGGAUGAACUCCCGGAGCAGAGCUACAGAGACUUCACAUCACCACCAAAUCGGAGUCGAGCUGCCGACACCAGCCUGACUGCCGACGGCAAGGGCCGGUCACCACGUCAGGCAGCGACUGUCAGUCCCCGGCUACAGACAACGACGGGAGAUCCUGAUGGUGCGUUCAAGGCUGAGGCAAGGUGUGUUGAAGCUCCGUUCGUCGUCCCAGGGUCUGGAAGGACACCGCCGAUCGGGGAAGGUUCUGACGGACUGCCGAUGGAGGUCAGCCCUGCAGGAAGCGGGGACCUCUGUGGCCUGCCAAUGGGUGAGGAAAGAAAGGAAUUGUGUGAGAGGUACGACGACACCACCAGGUAUCUACCGGAGCCCGAAAAACGAGCCCUGAAUGGAGCCACCGGGAAUGGUGCAUGUUGGUUGGGGAGGAAAGGAUCUCCACCAGACUUCAGUCAGUCCGAAACCGAGGCGAUGGUCUCGUUCGGUCACUAUGAUGUUGGACAGGACAGGCGCUUGGCAAUGUCAGCGGAGCUUUAUCAGACGUUUUCCACAGUCUCAGCGCCACUUGAAGACGCCUUGUCGAUGGUCACUCGGCCAAUCUCACGCGAAGUCAAUCUCCAGCCGCUGCCGUCACCUGAAGUGCCGAGCCCAACCCUACAUCGGACUUUUGGCGGUCCCGACGGUUUACACUUCACUUCAAGAGUACUGGACGAGCGCUAUGUCGCGGGCUUCCCCGAAACUCCUUAUUCAGGAACGACGGACUGCAAAGAGUGGUACGAUCCGGAUCAGUACGGCGCGCACUAUCGUUCUGCGGCUCAGUACCAAAGCGUGCCAUACAGUGAUCUAAAAAGCACAGAUCCAGCUUACCCUGACACCAGGUAUCACGACGUGGCAUACGGUGCCACCAACUACCAGGGUCAAUCCCCCCACAAUUUACACCACCACCAGGACACUGUUCAACAAGUCUGUCACCUCAGACAACACCAGACCUCACCCAUCAUCCACGGCGGUUCCGAGAGCAGUUCUGGUGAGGCGCCACCGCCAAUCGGACUCUCACUACAGAACGCGUUGAGCCCACCCGAUCACCCGUCUCCUGAGCUGACUCCCCUCGGUAGUGAGCUGACCUCACCUGUCAGCCACACCAGCGUCAUCGUAGGCAUGCAACAAUAUAUGCAGAACGAGUACGUCCACUGACUACCAAGUACUGAGCGAGCUAGUCAGGGGUGCUGACUGCUGUGACAUGGAAUCUGGAGCACCCGAAGGUCUGAUAUCAAGAAAAGACAAGAAUAUUGGGUAAGUGAGUGCACAGAUAUUUCAGGGAUUGCUUAAACCCAGCUAGUCUGCUUUCAGGAACUCAAUGAGUGCUAGAUGUAACUAUGUAGGCAUGCUCGUAUCAGUCGCAUCAUAGGACGGGAACAUGUCAAUGAACGUCCCUUGACAACUCAGUAUAAAAUGAGACAUAUCAGUUAUACAUAUCCAAUGAAAGACGUCAUGAAAGAGUGCCUUGUCUGCUACUUUGGCUCCGGGCCGCCGAGCUGUCGGCGGACCGUGUUUGUGUUUGCACCGGUCAGCCUUGACGUCCACUGCGCGUUUGCGGACCCUCUACGCUACCUCCCUAGCGGUGUCGGUAGCGCUAUAAGCUGUAACUGUGCCGUGGUUGGUGUGUUCUAGUCUUGAUAGAAUUGUUUGGUAAUAUUUAAAGUCGCUCAGGAGAUCCAAAUGAAGCGGUCGGCGCAACAUGCACUGGUUAUUCCAGCAUGCAUGAAGCGCAGAGUGUUUUUCUAUCAGCUUGCCUCGCGGAUUACGAAUGUAGAGUGGUGGACGCCGACCGCUGUAAUGUGGUCACAGAGGAACUGAAAGACAGACUUUAAGAGGAAGCCGAUUGAAGAAAUGAAUGCUGACGUGUGACAACCAGUUCCCACUUCGUGUAACGAGUGCAGUGCAGUGUUCACUAUUCGCAAAUCGUUGACUGUGUAUGUCUUCAAUACAAGCAUUUUACAAAUCACG